AUGUCGCUUGAUAAUAUUGUUAAUACUGUUCAAAGUCUCUCUGAAGAGCCUAAUAAAUUAAGUGAGGAUGAGGAGGCCAAUUUAUACGUAUAUCUCACUGACAAGGGUACUAAAUUAGCUGAUGUGGAAAAAUUACUUAAUCUCUGCAAGACAAAUAACGCUAAGCUUGUAUAUUUGAAAGGGCUAUCGAAGAAGUCUGUUUCUGUAGCACAAACGAGAGUAAAAAUCGCUGAUGCCUUUCCAGAAGGCUUGCCGUACUUGAAUCCUGAUCCUUUACUCUGCACUUCUGGUGCGAAUUGGGAAUAUCAACCUCACCCAUCUUUGAAGCAUAUUUUGCGAAGGGAGCUUAAAGUACAUUAUGAAAAUUUUCUUUUAGGGCGUUUUGACAAAAUGUCGCUUCCAAUUUAUCUCUUCCUUUCUGGAGCUGGUACCGGAAAAUCUCGAAACGCUAGUGAAUUCCAUCAGACAGUGGUCGCAUGUUUAUCAGCUCAAGAAGAUAUGGAAUUGUUGACUAGGAUCAAAGAAGCUUGGGUAUUCCUUGUCAGCUAUGAGAAUGGCACAUCCAUACGACCGGGAGAAGACUCUUUUCUGGGCGUUGGUACUCGAAUGCUAUCGCAACUUCUCAGGAAAAAAAUGGGGUUUGAAAGUACUCGCCUCACAUAUGAGCCACCACCUCCAUUGGGUGUCGUGUCAUUGAUCGCCAAACAUCAUAACCGAGACCUGAAGGAUACUACAGUUAUUUUGGUCGUUGACGGUAUGCAACAGCUUAUGUCCAAUAAGGAUGAUGGUUUUAACUCAGAUGCUCUGUUUUACCGUACUCUGUCAGCUAUUGCAGACCUUACAGUUAGUGGCAGUUUCGUGAUACCAGUUUGUACUUCAACAAUCACUGGCCCGAUUGAGGGUACGUUAAAAACCUCGCAUCGGAAACGUGUAUACUUACCGGUCACUUCUCUACAACCUCCAAACUAUCGUCAAGGAGAUAGCUUGGUCCCGGUCUUUAAAAAUGAUCCGAUUACUACUAUUCUUGUGGAAGACUGUGGAGGACAUGGAAGGGCUCUAGAAAUUUUGAAUGAUUGCUUGGUCGGCCGUAACAUUGAGGAAUGUAACCUUAAUGAUUUGAUGAGCGAUCUGCGUAGGGACCUUACUAAGAAAUAUCGUGAUGCUAUUUUUGGUUCUGUGGAAGACGCCAGGCCCGUUGCACGAGCAAUAUUGACCCGAACUCUCUUAAAUUUAUACAAACCUGUUCCCAAUACCGAAAAAACUCCAGACCAAUAUGCUGGGUCUGGACUGAUUCGAUUCGAACACGUAAAUGAAGAUAGUCCAAUGGGAUACCUCACUGCACCGUAUAUCUGGCUCUGGAUAUUUGUAGAGAUAUCUCAUGAGCAAGGAGAUCCAAUACUUCGAGAUUGGGAAUUCGCUGAUUAUGGAGAGCAAAAAGCAUUUCUGAAUCCUGUGUUAUCAUUGAAAGCUAAGUCAUGGCAGAGUUUUGAAAAAUUUGUCGCGUCAUUUCGUUGUAUAAAGUCAGCCGUGAUCGAAGAAGAUGAGCUAACAACGAUCUCAGAGGUUCACGCGGGAGCGCGUUUGAAUGGUGAUAUCCAAUUUAAAAACCACAAUCUACAACUUAAGAUUGCCAGACACCAAACAGACACAAAGUCUAAAAAUCUCACUACAAGUGAAUGGAAUGUGGAUUGCAGUAAUACUACCGUUGAUGUCCGGCUAUUCAAACAUUGUAUUAUUAACGCUCCAGGUUCGCCAUAUGGUGAUGCCUUCCUUUCAUUAGAUCAGCCGGGUGCCGAGAGCCCAAACGAAAUUCACCAAUACAAACUGACCCAAAAACCGAUCAGUCAAGAGGUAUUCGAACAAGAACAUAAAAAAUCAGCAUCGGAAAAUGAUUUUUUCAUCCUCUUUACGACUGCAGAUAACUGCGUUAUUAAACUUCCGAAAAGGUCUGGGAUUGUAGAUGGAAAAGUUUUUAGGGACUAUUUUGGGCCAUUUGCUGGCAGAGCAUACAGGUCCGCUAUGUCCGAGUCCAAGCCCGAUAAAGUCAAGAAUAUCCCUAAGGUGAACAUCAAUACCGCUUCUCUUGAUCAACUCUGUAGAGUGAAUCAUAUUGGUAAAAAACGAGCGAAAAAAAUCAUAUUAGGAAGACCAUUUAAAAGGCCUUCACACGAUUUCUCGCAUUCUGCCUCGAUUCAUGUAAUUGCAAUAUUUAACAGUCAAAAAUGGAUGUCAAGCAAAGCCGAUUUUUCGUUUCAUGAUUUUGAGGCUAAGAUUGAUAGAAAUUUAAAUGGAGAUAUUAUUAGGAAUCAAUUUCUCGGCAAGAUUUUAAUGAUGUCUAAGGAUAAAUUACUCGACGAACCAAAGCAAAUUCAAAUUCCACCUGCACCAUCCGAUCGAAGAAGGGGGGUGUCGGCAAAUGUUAUAAUG